AUGCGCGCAGACGUCCGGGCGCGCUCCGUCCGCCCCGCUGGGCAGGAGCGCGCGAGGCCGCGCGCGCCGUCGCCGGGCAGCCCAGAGGCGCCCGGCUCCCGGGAGAGGCGAGAGCCCGGCGGCCGGCGGCGGGCUGGCGCGCGGGGACCCCGGCCAGUGAGCGCCCGUUCCCUGGGCCGCCCCUCGCGCGCGCGCUCCUGCCGCGAACCCGGGCCGGUCUCGCCUCGCGUGGUGCUGGCCGCAGCCAUGAGCCAGGACGCGGAGCCCAGUGGCCCGGAGCAACCGGACAGAGAUGCCCGCAGCGUGCCCGGUGCCCCGGCGCCGCCAGCGCCCCCAGGCCCGCGAGGGAUGCAGCCGCCGCCGCCGCCGCCCCAGGCCGGCCUACCCCAGAUCAUCCAAAAUGCAGCCAAGCUCCUGGACAAGAACCCGUUCUCGGUCAGUAACCCAAACCCUCUGCUUCCUUCACCUGCCAGCCUCCAACUGGCUCAACUGCAAGCCCAGCUCACCCUCCACCGGCUGAAGCUGGCACAGACGGCUGUCACCAAUAACACAGCGGCUGCCACGGUCCUGAACCAAGUCCUCUCCAAAGUGGCCAUGUCUCAGCCCCUCUUCAACCCGCUGAGGCAUCCGUCUGUAAUCAGUGCCCCCCAUAGUCAUACCGGGGUGCCCCAACAUGCUGCAACCAUGCCCAGUGCCCGAUUUUCCUCGAAUGCAAUUGCCUUCUCGCCCACCAGCCAGACACGAGGCCCAGGACCCUCUGUGAGCCUUCCCAGCCAGCCCACUAAUGCCGUGGUGAUGCAUCCUUUCAGCGGGGUCAUACCUCAAACUACUGCCCAACCGGCAGUCCUCUUGGGCAUUGGCAAGACCGGGCCUGCUUCUGCUGCAGCAGGAUUCUACGAAUAUGGCAAAGCUGGCUCUGGCCAGGCGUAUGGCUCUGAAACGGACGGUCAGCCCAGCUUCCUGCCAGCCUCAGUCUCUACCUCGGGCAACAUGACUUAUGAAGGGCACUAUAGCCAUUCAGGGCAGGAUGGCCAAGCUGCCUUUCCCAAGGACUUCUACGGACCCAACUCCCAAGGGUCACAUGUGGCAGGUGGAUUUGUGGCUGAGCAGGCCGUGGGCAUGAAAGGAGAGGUAGGUCCUCUGCUGCACGGUCCAAACAGCCAAUGGGAGAGCCCCCAUGGACUCUCUGGCCAAAGCAAGCCUGAUCUUACAGCAGGCCCUAACCUGUGGCCUCCAGUCCCCAGCCAGCCCUAUGAGCUGUAUGACCCUGAGGAGCCCACCCCAGACAGGACCCCUCCUUCCUUUGGGGGUCGGCUAAACAACAGCAGACAGGGUUUCAGCAGUGCCCGGCGGCGGGCCAAGGAGGAGCAGGCCAUGCUGUCCGUGCGGCCCCUGCAGGCUCAUGAGCUGAAUGACUUUCACGGUGUGGCUCCCCUUCACAUGCCACACAUCUGUAGCAUCUGCGACAAGAAGGUGUUUGAUUUGAAGGACUGGGAGCUGCAUGUGAAAGGGAAGCUACAUGCUCAGAAAUGCCUGGUCUUCUCUGAAAAUGCUGGUGCCCGGUGUAUACUCGGUUCAGCAGAAGGAACACUGUGUGCCUCUCCCAACAGCACAGCCAUUUAUAACCCUGCUGGGAACGAAGAUUAUGCCUCAAAUCUUGGAACAUCAUAUGCAGCCAUUCCAGCAAGAUCAUUUGCUCAGACAAAUCCUGCAUUUCCUUCAGCCUCCCCGGGGACAAAUUUUGCACAGCGGAAAACAGGUGCUGGCCGUGUGGUGCAUAUCUGCAAUCUCCCUGAAGGAAGCUGCAUUGAGAAUGACGUCAUUAACCUGGGGCUGCCCUUUGGGAAGGUCACUAAUUACAUCCUCAUGAAGUCUACGAAUCAGGCCUUUUUAGAGAUGGCUUACACUGAAGCUGCCCAGGCCAUGGUUCAGUAUUACCAGGAAAAAUCUGCUGUGAUCAAUGGUGAGAAGUUGCUCAUCCGGAUGUCCAAGAGAUACAAGGAAUUGCAGCUGAAGAAACCUGGGAAAACCGUGGCUGCCAUCCUCCAGGACAUCCAUUCUCAGAGGGAGAGGGACAUGUUCCGGGAAGCGGACAGAUACGGCCCGGAAAGGCCGCGGUCCCGCAGUCCGGUGAGCCGGUCCCUCUCCCCGAGGUCCCACACCCCAAGCUUCACCUCCUGCAGCUCCUCGCACAGCCCUCCGGGGCCCUCCCGGGCCGACUGGGGCAACAGCCGCGACUCGUGGGAGCACUCUCCCUACGCCAGGAGGGAGGACGAGCGGGACCCAGGCCCCUGGAGGGAGAACGGGGAGGACAAGAGGGACAGGACAGACACGUGGGUGCACGACCGCAAACACUACCCCCGGCAACUGGACAAAGCCGAGUUAGACGAGCGGCUGGAGGGAGGGAGGGGCCACCGAGAAAAGCACCCGAGGUCUGGGUCCCCCAACCAACUCCCCUCUGUGGGCUACAAAAGCCGAGAGGACAGCUACCACCGGAAGGAGCCCAAAGGCAAAUCGGACAAGCAUCCAAAGCAGCAGCAGGACGGCCCUGGGAAGUCCAGGAGGAAAGAUGAGGCCAGGCUGCGGGAAAGCAGACACCCCCACCCCGACGACCCAGGCAGGGAGGAUGGGCCGGAGCCGAAGGUCAUGAGGGCCCCUGAGAGCUCAAAGGCCAAGCAGAGUGAGAAAAACAGAACCCAGAGACCUGACAGAGACCAAGAAGGUGCUGAUGACAGAAAAGACAGCAGAACGACAGAGAAUGAGGCUGGAAAAGAGGAACAGGGGGGCCUGGAAGAAAGUCCCCCAUUAACCCUCAGGCAGGAGAAAGAAACAGAGUCCUUGGAUGCGGAAAACACAAGGACAAAGAAGGAGCAAGAUUGGGAGAGUGGAAGUGAGGCAGAGGGGGAGAGCUGGUACCCCACAAACAUGGAGGAGCUGGUUACCGUGGACGAGGUGGGAGAGGAGGAGGAUUUUAUCAUGGAACCCGACAUCCCAGAGCUGGAAGAAAUAGUGUCCGUUGACCAGAAGGACAAAUUCUGUCCAGAAAUCUGUCCCUGUGUGACGACCACCUUAGACCUGGACUUAGCCAAGGAUUUCCCCAGGGAGGGAGUCAAGCCCGUAAGUACUAGGGCGACAGAAAUCAGCCCUGGGUCACCCAAGGAACUGCCUUCUGCUCCCAUGAGCUGUCUCAGUGACAUGGACGUGGACAUACCUGGCCUAAAUCUGGAUGCUGAGCAGAAGCCAGCUGAAAGCGAGACAGGCCUCUCACUGGAGGGGUCAGAUUGCUACGAGCAGCAGGCAAAGGGAGCAGACAACUCAGAUGUUCGUCUGGCCCCUGCACCCCAGCAAAUGUCUUCUCCCAAGCCAGCAGAGGAGAGGGCCCGGCAGCGCAGCCCAUUUCUUGAUGACUGCAAGGUCAAGGGGACUCCCGAAGACGGGGCUUGUGAAGGCAGUCCCCUGGAGGGGAAAGUCAGCUCCCCCACUGAAACCCACCUCCAAAGCCAAGGAGUGUCAACCCAGGAAAACUCCAAGUACACGGAAAUGAAAUCUCUGGACGUGAGGUCACCAGAAUACACUGAAGUGGAGCUGAAACAGCCUCUUCCUUUGCCUUCCUGGGAGCCAGAGGAUGUGUUCAGUGAACUGAGCAUUCCUCUAGGGGUGGAGUUCGUGGUGCCCAGGACUGGGUUUUACUGCAAGCUGUGUGGGCUAUUCUACACAAGUGAGGAGAUGGCAAAGAUAAGCCACUGUCGCAGUGCUGUCCACUACAGGAACUUGCAGAGGUACUUAUCCCAGCUGGCGGAGGAGGGCCUGAAGGAGCCCGAGGGGGCAGGCAGCCCAAGGCCCGAGGACAGUGGAAUGGUGCCGCACUUUGAAAGGAGGAAGCUCUGAUACCCGGCGGCUGCUGGAAGCGGGGAGAGGAGGGCCUUCUGCGGUGGGGCCUCCCUGACCUCCGGGACAGAAACUAAAGCCCAGGAGGAAGGAAAACCAGGCAGGCCGCAUUGCCCCGCUCUGUUCCUCAGAGGCUCCUGAAAACGCCCCUGUGCGUCUCCCAGAGCUGUCACCCUGCUGUGUCCAGCCCCUGAGGGUCGUCCACUUUCUCCCUGGUGAUGACGCUUGUUUGCUCCGAACCAUCUUUCAGUUUGUCCCUCUCUUCUUCCUCACCCCUCCCUCUCUCCCUCCUUCUGUGCCCAGGGCCAUUUCCUUUUCACAAAAUCCAACUUCUCAGGGAUUUUCACCAUGUUCAGGUUCUUGAUGGGCAGGACAUACCAAGCCAGGCUGAGUCACCCAAGGAGAAGAUUUCACAGAAACGCUGGGUCAAGAACCGUGUCGGUGAACCGGGAGCAGUUCUCCGCCUGGCAUCCUGUGUGCGGGGAGAGCUGAAUCUGGUCCUGUAGCCCUGGAGGGGGGCACCCUGCGCAAUCUGUUGGCAGAAGCUGGGAGUUCCUCCAACUGGACCACCUUGUUGAAAAGCCCUGUUUUUAAUAACUCUUUCAUCCUCUCAGUUAUUCUAGAAGUCUACCAGAUUUAUGCCUUAACACAGGCGUAAUGAAUAUUAGAGGAGGAAAAGCGCCCUUCAAUUUGGAAGCUCUGCUAAGUUUCCCCCAAAAUUUACUUCCCUCCUCUUGAUUUCAGGAGAUGCCAGAGUUUGUUCCAUUCUGGUUAAUGAUUUUGGUAUAGAUGUACUUCAGUUAAAAACAAAAACAGAAGUGUCUUUUCCCUCCAGCUAAAAGAGCAGCUGGGAAGGGCUUAGGUUGAAUGUUGGCCUCCCUGCCACGUGUGACAUUGGUUCAAGAGACACCAAAUAAGGAAGUGGCAUCUGUCCUUGACUUGCCCUUGGUGCCUGCGUUCUGGGCUCCGGCAGCCUCAUAGCAGGGUGGUGUAAUGGUUUCUCAGUUGUGGGGAGAAGCUAGGGGACGAGAAGGCUGCAGGAUUGAAGGGCAGCAGUUGAGGACUGCAGGGUGUUUGCCGGUGAGCCCUUUCCAGUUUGGCAGAGGGCCAAGGGCAUCUCAGAGUUAAUGCCAUGUGUAGACUUUGAUGCUAAAUGUUCUGAAGAACAGAGCCCUUCUUACCAGGCCUUCUGAGAGUGGAGGCCAGUGCCUUCAGGCCCCAGGCAGGCUGCGGGGUCUCUAGUCUGAUGUGCCACUGGAAGGGUUUGGGACAAAGGUGCUGGAGGAAAUGAGGCUUGGUAGAGAGAAGACUUCAGGAAGGUCAGAGGAGGGCCUGGUGCUGUUUCCUUAAGCUGAGAUGCUCCCCCUGGGAGCGGCCCCCCUGUCUCAGCCCCUGGAAGAUGGUUCCCAGUGUUUUUAAUUCCUUAUCUCAGGUGGGUAGACUAGGACGGGAUUGUUUAGUUUUUUAAAUUAUUUUUUGCACUUUUCUUUAUAUGAGAGAGGAGUAUACUGCACAUCCUGUCCUCCACACUAAUGGCAGAAGGGUUGAGAGAUUAUCUGAGUUGGACACUGGCAUUUUAUCACCAGGAAACUGAGGCACAGAAAGAAAAGGAAUAUAGAAAAUAAGAUGAUCAUGUGUCAGCCGAGGUGCAGAUGGUUAGUUACGUGCAAGGAGAGAAUUGCUGGGGACCCGGGAGAGAGGAUCUAAGGCACGCACUGGAGGCGAACAGGCCAGCUCGGUCAGCUGUAGCGAGAAAAGGCUGGAGGAAGCAGGGGACCUGAGGCAUCAGGCUGCCGCCAGGCGGGGCAGGGCGCAGGGGGCAGGGGCAGGUGGGGCCUGAUGUUCAGAAAGGUUGGUGUCUCGAAGACAGCAGGGUUUGAAGAUGGUGGGUCAGCCCAUACCUGGUCCCCUGACUAGUCACCACAGGUUUUUUACCUGGUGUUCUCGAGACCAGCCUCCUCUAUUUCUUGGAAAACCUCUGACCCUGUAUGUCUUAUUUCUCCCAGAGGAGCUCUAGGGCCAGCUCUCUGGCCUCCUCAGGAAUCUUGCUGGGAAAAGCCUACUGCUUCCAUAAGGGGCUGGAACUGAAUUUCCAGAGAGGGGCAUCUUUUCUGCCAACAGACUGGAAGCUGACCCUGCCCGCUCAUUCCCCCAGCAGCAUUUCCAUGCAGAUCCUGAUGGCUGCGCAAAGAGCAGCAUUCCCAAGUAAUUUAAGGGCUCCCUUGCUGGUAGACUGCGUUUCUCCGUGUUGGAAGCUGGAGAGGGCCUCUGGGAGGCAGAAGGGAGAGGCCCUCUGCAUUCAUUCAGACCCUUCCAUUUAAAAAAUCAUCUAAGAUUCUUUAUUUGUGUGUACAUAUAUAUAUAUUUAUUUUAUUUAUUUAUUUUUAUACAAUUCCAUUGGCAUGGUCCUUCACCCAAUCUGUGAUCUGCACUUUUUAUUCCUACAUGUGUCAUAUACAAGGCAACCAGGAAAAUACUGAUUUAUUUUUUAAAGCCUUUCUUCAGUGUUUGUCAACUAUUUCAAAGUAUCUCCAUGAAAAGGUUGUUCAAGAGCAGCUGCUACCUUGAGCAGCAGGUUCAUUUGUACCCCGGGUUCCUAUAACAAGAGGCCUGAGGAAUUUUCUCUUCAUCAUAAACACCUGAAAUACAGUCUAUCCAGACAGUAUAUUCCCAAAGGAUUUGGUAGAUUUGAUGUUGAUGUGAGCAGCAGCCUUGAGGAGCAGGUUUCCCUUUCUUGGACCGUCCAACGCUGGGAUGGGUUAGAUUAUACUUGAACUGGACCAGAGUUUGUUUUCUGAGCUUAUGAGAAAAAGAAAAACACAAAUUAAUUUAAGUUUGAACUAGUAAAGUAUUAGAAUUUGUUGAGUGUCCUAUAAAUUGUCACCACAUUUCCUGAUCUGUAUAACUGACCGCAGUGAUUGUUUUUACAAAAGGAAAAAAAAAAGAUUUUUAAUAAAGAGAAUUUGAAA